UUCCUUCCUUCCUUAAACAGGCUGAACAUUUCAAUUUUUUGUUUAGCCGCAACAUUGCCACAUAUAUCCAUUUUUCCAGUUCACUGAUUGCCAAAUGAGUUCAUUCACGCCCAGUAAAGCCUUAGAAGGUGUGCACGGAGUGCAUUUGGUACCUCAUUCACCCUUCGCAAUGGAAGAGAUGAGACACGAGGACUUCCAUGGAUCAAGUCAACAGCUAAUAGUUCAGAGAGUUUGGCAGCAAAGGCCAGCUUGUCUGAGGCCCAUCCGUUGUACUCUCCAUGGUGAUAGGAACCUUGCAGAAACUAUUGCUAAUGUGAUCACUUCUCUUCCUUUUAUUGCUCUUGGACUUCAGGCUCCAAGGAAGAAUCUCAACUGUAAAAUCUAUGCCAAUUCAUUGAUUGGAGUGGGAAUUGCCUCAAGUUUGUACCAUGCUUCAAGAGGGAAAGUAAAACAGUAUCUGAGAUGGGCUGACUACACUAUGAUAGCAACAACUACACUAUGUCUAUCAAGAGCACUUAGGAAAAAGAAUCCGAAGUUUUUGAUGGCAGCAUCUGCUUUCCUACUACCGGUCCAGCCUCUGAUGGUUUCUGCUGUACACACUGGAAUGAUGGAGGUUGCUUUCGCAAAAAGAGCAUUGAAAGAUCCAGAUCUGAGGAUGGCUCACAAUGUGCAUAAAAUGUCAUCAUUGCUCGGCGGUGCUCUUUUCAUUGCUGAUGAUUUCUUACCUGAAACACCAUUUCUACAUGCUGGUUGGCAUCUUGCUGCUGCUGUUGGGGUCAGCACUUGCAAUAAGCUCCUUCAAUAGGUUGAUAUGAUUUUCAACCUUUAGUCUAAGCAAAUUUGAGUCUAUCGGAAACAGCCUCUCUGUCCUUCCAGGGGUAGGGUAAGGCUGCAUACAUCUUACCCCGGGAAACUAUUGGGUUUGUUGUUGUUGUAGUCCAGCCAAAUUUGUCGAAAUCACUUCCCAUUGCCUACAAAGGAGUAAGAAAGCAGACAACUUCAAUCUUGAAUGCAAUAAUCAUGUAUUUAUAGGAUUAAAAGGGCAGUAGUAAUUAGCUGAACAACAUUUAUAUACAAUAAAAUUUCAGGCAAUGUAUGUAUGAUGAACGCGAUGGUAAAAUAUAUGUUGUAUUUGAUUUUCUUCAUUUUUCUGUAUAUAUCUUCGGAAUUUUGAACUACCAAAA